AGUGACAGUCGAGAUUUUGUUGAUGCGGAAGAGAGACAAACCUUUGGGAUGUUUUGCGUUUAAAGUGACUCGACAAUGAAACAUAUAUAGCAGGAAACCGGAAGAAAAAAAUUAGUUUCACAGUUUUUACAGUUUAAUCUAAAGAUAGUUCCUUAAGUUUGACCGACAUAACAACAGCUGAUGGCGGGCGGUAAUUUACAGAAAGCUAUAGAUCUGGCCAGCAAAGCAGCAGAAGAAGACAAAGCCAAAAACUACGAAGAGGCCCUCCGAUGCUAUCAGCAUGCAGUGCAAUACUUCCUUCAUGUGGUCAAGUAUGAGGCCCAGGGCGAUCGAGCGAAGCAAAGCAUCAGGGCCAAGUGUGCCGACUACCUGGACAGAGCCGAGAAGCUGAAGGAAUAUUUGAAGAAGAAGGAGGAAGCCCCUCCGGCCAAACCUGUGAAAGUAUCCGGUGGCAAAGAAAGUGACAGUGAUGAAGGAGAUGACCCAGAGAAGAAGAAGUUCCAAAAUCAACUUUCAGGUGCCAUUGUUAUGGAGAAGCCAAACAUCAAGUGGGAUGAUGUAGCUGGACUUGAAGGAGCCAAAGAAGCCUUAAAAGAAGCCGUUAUCUUGCCCAUCAAAUUCCCACAUCUGUUCACAGGAAAGCGAACACCUUGGCGGGGGAUCCUUCUCUUCGGCCCUCCGGGAACAGGGAAAUCCUACCUGGCUAAGGCGGUGGCCACAGAAGCCAACAACUCCACCUUCUUCUCCAUCUCCUCCUCUGACCUCGUGUCCAAGUGGUUGGGAGAAAGUGAAAAGUUGGUGAAGAACCUGUUCACUUUAGCCAGAGAGCACAAGCCGUCGAUCAUCUUCAUUGACGAAAUCGACUCCCUCUGCGGCUCCAGGAGCGAGAACGAGAGCGAAGCCGCUCGCAGGAUCAAGACGGAGUUCCUCGUGCAGAUGCAGGGUGUUGGAAAUGAUAAUGACGGAAUCCUUGUUCUGGGAGCAACAAACAUACCGUGGACACUGGACUCAGCCAUCAGAAGAAGGUUUGAAAAGCGGAUCUACAUUCCUCUGCCGGAGGAGCACGCCCGCGCCUUCAUGUUCAAACUUCACCUGGGAUCCACCCCCAAUAGCCUGACGGAAGAUGACUUCAUGACUCUGGGCCGAAAGACAGACGGCUACUCUGGGGCAGACGUCAGUAUAAUAGUCAGGGAUGCCCUCAUGCAGCCCGUCAGGAAGGUUCAGUCGGCCACUCACUUCAAAAAGGUUCGGGGAUCAUCGUGGAACAAUCCCGGCGUUGUGGUGGAAGACAUGCUGACUCCAUGCUCACCUGGGGACCCCAACGCCAUGGCUAUGACGUGGAUGGAAGUCCCCGGGGACAAACUCCUAGAGCCAGUGGUGUCCAUGGCUGACAUGCUGAGGUCGCUCACAAACACCAAGCCCACAGUGAACGAGCAGGACCUGGAGAAACUACAGAAGUUUACUGAAGACUUUGGUCAAGAGGGCUAGUAAUAAUCACAGUCUACUCUAAACUAGGACUGCAACUAAAUUGUUUUCACUGUCAGUUAUGCUUUUUUUUUAUUAUUCAAUCAAUCUUUAUGCCUGGUAAAGCCUGGUGAGCCUAAAGUUUGGAAGUAAAUCACUUUUCCCUCAGCAAACUAAUCAAUGAAUCAACUGUUACAACACUAAUUAUCUAUUACCCACCAAGGCUCAUGUUUACGUUAAUAUUUUCAAGGGUUUUUGUCAUAUUUCUUUGUCUUUUCAUUUUAAUUUCACAUCUCAAAGUGAUGAUAGUUUUUCUUUUGAUUAAAUGUCACUCAUGACGGCUACUUAGAGUACAUACCUUUUACCACUCAAUUAGUAGGUCUAACCAGAAGUAGAUUAACUACUGUAACUAUGUAUAGGAGUCCUCUGGUUGGUGGCGCAGCAACCAAUCAGCAGACAGACAAGGGGUCAGUGGUUAAGGCAGGUUAAGCUGUUCUUAACACGGCUCACUUCAAGGCUUUAUAAAUGGGCUCAUUUACCAUAAAACACUAUUUGUCAAUAACUUGUCACUAAUGGUGUAAAAAAAAGAGGGGUCUUCUGGUUCUCUUGAGUUAAAUGAGAUACAGUGACUUUACAAGAAUGCCUUUGAAAUUUUUUCAAUAUGUGUGAUACGCUUCCCAACGAAUUAUAGUACCUAAGCACUUUUUUCAUCUUGUCACUACUUUGGACAUUUGCCGUGGUUUAGUUGUAGCUGUAAACUCCCUCAGCUGUAGUACUCAGUCAUACCGAGUUGUUUGUAGAGAUAUGCACACACUGUGUUGCCUUUGGGUUUGAAAUAUAUUCAAGUUUUCUUUUGGCGUUUGCA